GUCUGUCCUUCAUUUGACAGCAAACUGCCGUGAAUGCUGAGCUGAGACUUCACCUGCGUUGAAGAAAUGGCUCAGUUUCAGCUCGACGAAAGCAAGUUUUCCUGCUCUAUCUGUAUUGAUUUGCUAAAGCAGCCAGUGACUAUCCCAUGUGGACACAGCUACUGCAUGAGCUGCAUCGAAAACCACUGGAAUGUAGAAGACUUCAAGAUGGUUUACAGUUGUCCUGAGUGCCGACAGACCUUCAAACCAAGACCAGUCCUGAGGAAGAACACCGUGUUGGCCGGUCUAGUAGAAGACAUGAAGAAACCUGGAGAUCAAGAAGCUCAGAAUUCUGAUUGCUCAGCAGGACCAGGGGAUGUGGCCUGUGAUUUCUGCACCGGUAGGAAGCUGAAAGCCAUCAAGUCUUGCUUGCAGUGUCUGGUCUCUUACUGUGAACUCCAUCUGCAGCCUCACUAUGAAUCCCCAACCUUCCAGAAACAUAGGCUUGUGGAAGCCUCUCCAAACAUUCAGGAGAACAUCUGCUCUCUUCACAACAGCGUGAAGGAAAUCUUCUGUCGCACUGAUCAACAACUGAUCUGUUAUCACUGCUCAGAGGAAAACCAUCAAGGUCAUAAUACCAUCUCAGCUGUAACAGAAAGGACCAGGAAGCAGGAAGAACUGGUGCUUAGCCACAAACUCAUCCGGGAGAGCAUCCAGAACAGGGAGGCCGAGAUAAAGCUGCUUAACAUGGAGGUGGAGGCUAUCAACACCUCUGCUGAUAAAGCAGAUCAAGACAGCCAGACUAAUUUCAAUCACUUGCUACAACUUUUGAAGAUGAGAACCUCUGAAGUGCAGCAGACCAUUAGAUCAAACCAGAAAAUUGAGGUGACUCGAGCUGAAAAGCUCCAGGAAAAGCUUCAGCAGGAGAUGACUGAUUUGAGAAGGAAAGAUGUAGAACUGGAGAAGCUUUUACACACAGAAGACAACAACCAGUUUCUGCUAAAGUUAUCUUCAUUGUCGUCCCUCAACACCUCCUCAGAACUUCCCAACAUCACGAUCCGUUCGCCCACAUACUUUGAGAAGCUAAUGGCUGCUGUGUCUGAGGUAACACAGAAGUUCUAUGAAAUCCUGAAGCUAGAGUGGACCAACAUCUCACAGUUUGAAGUGGAUGUUUUACUAACACGCCAGGAUGAAGACUUGAAUUUACUGCAAGGUUGCCUUUUAGAUGGAGCACCCAAGAUAUUACCAUUUCCCCCAGUUUACCUGACCCGAGAUAAGGCCAAAACCUUACCCCCACCAGAUUACUCUUCGGAGGACCCUGAACCCCAAAAGGAAUCCACCAUUUUACAAUCUACUCCAGCUCACUCAUCAACUGAUGAUUUUAAGAUGUCACCUUUAACUACUAUUUCUCGAUCACGAAAUGGUUCCUCUGGCUCUUUGGCUCUUUACCCAUUCCAACAGGAGUCAGAGUGUUCUACAGUUUACUCUAUCCCAGAAGGGUAUUGUCUUUCACCAUCAGGUCCAACUCACCUGCCCCAAAAUGAACCUGUAGGCUUGCAGUCAGGUUCACUGUCAACAGAAUCUAAGAGUUUACCACCAGCUCCAAUCAACCAGCCCCGAAGGGAAUCUAUUAAACAACCAACAACUCAAGAUAACAAUCUACCAUCUGAAAUCAAUCCAUCAAUUCAAGAGAAGCCUUUAUCCUCUGCUCCAGUUUACCUAUCACCACAUGAGCCAAAAACAACAACCGACUUCCUGCAAUAUUCAUGUCAAAUCACACUGGAUCCAAACACUAUGAACAAAUCUCUGACACUUUCUGGGGAGAACAGAAGAGUAACCCGGGACAAGAAAAAGCAGUGGCACUUUAACCAUGCAGAGAGAUUUGCAGAUCGGUUCCAGGUUCUAAGCAGAGAGAGUCUUACUGGCCGUUGUUAUUGGGAGGUGGAGUGGGACGGAAUUGUUUCAAUCGCCGUUUCAUAUAACAACAUCAACAGAAAAGGACAAGAGAGUGGAUUUGGAGACAACGAAAAGUCUUGGGCUUUAUACUGCCACAAUAACAAAUUCAUACACAACAGAAUGUGCACCGUCCUGACAAGCUCUCCAUCUUCCAGAGUGGGGGUGUACCUGGAUUACAGAGCAGGAAUUCUGUGCUUUUAUAGUGUCUCUGAAACCAGAACACUACUCCAUAGAGUCCAAGCCAGAUUUUCCCACCCACUGCAUGCUGGACUUUGUGUCAGCUCUGGAUCUGCUGAGAUACUUCAGCUGCUGUAGGAUGCAUCUACAAAAAAAACCUCUCACCCUAAUCCCUAAUUUACCAAAGCAGGGAUGAAGCAAGAGCUCUGCAUGUUCCUCAGCACUGAACAAGGACACCAAACUAAUGAAGGCUUAACUUUUAAGCUUACAAAAGUUGUACAGCUCAACUUCCAUGAACUAGACUUUUUUCCCCAUAUCAUCUGCAUUUGCUUGAUCAGGUUUUGUUUGAAAUACUUUGUUUCCUGUCAAUGAGACACUGAAGCUACCAACUACAAGAACUUACCAAAAUGUUUAGUCAGGACUUUAUUACUACAACAGUACAUAGUGUCAACCUAAACUACAAAGAGAAUUGUGUCUCUCAAACAAACAACCGGAUCAAUCCCAUGUGGUAACACCCCUCACCCCACCAUCACAAAGAGUUUGAAUGGACAAUUCAUCAUUAUAUCAACCACCCCUGACCAAUAACUAUGUCACUACAUCAUUCUUUUGGAAGCAGUUUGCCCCAUUGGUUUAUUGUGUUCAUUUGCUGCUUUUGGAUAAAUCUGAAAUCACAUCAUUUUACCAAUGUAACAACAUCUUUGAUGAAGUCGAGAAGAAAGUCAGGACUGGAGAGACUUGUUCCCAAGUGUAUUGGGUUAAAAAAAAAAUCAUUAUCCAGGAAUUUGCCAUUAUACCCAGCUGUCAGACACAUGUACAUGUCAGGUGUGUUGAACAUAUCAUAUCUGUCCAUUUGAUUUACCUGUUCAAUCUUAAAGUAUAUAAAAUAUGUGAUUUUUGCUUUUAAAAUUGGAAAUCACCUCCUUGUUCUUGUUUGAUUGUUGUAGAACUUUGAUGCUUGAUGAUUUCUCUAUAAUCUUAACGAUAUUCAUAUGAUAUAUAGUGAUAAUGAUUGUAGUAAUAACUAGGGAUGUCCCGAUCUGUUUUUUUUGGGCCCGAUCCAAUUCCGAGUCAUUUG